GUUGAAGUCGCCACAGUAAAUGAACGGCGAAUCGUGUUUUAAAGAAGUAUCUUGCAGUGCCAUUUCAACUCUGAGUUUGCCAAGCUUCUUUGCUAACAAACAAGUCUGCAACGUGGGGAUAUCUGGCUGUUCAUAAUCCAUUUGUUUUGGUGCUGCGAGCGGGCUGCGCUGCCAGCCCCGAGUCUACAUUGCCAUGACGACCGCUUACUCCAACAUGGCUGGUUAAUGAUGGAAGCCACCUUUAGCCUCUUGAAGCCAACGGAUCAACAAAUGAAGAAUGUUCACGUUGUUGCCACCGAUCGGUGAAUUAGACAUUCGAGGGACGAAAAGAAAUGAAAAUAUCUACAUGAAUGAUAUUCAGAAUGACAAAAUGUGCGAUGCCGAUGUACUUUUCAUCGUGAAGUCAGGCGAAGUUAGGCCGAUAUGCUCUAAUGAACAGGAAAUGCCAGAUUUAAGGCCUAACACGCCAAAUAACCGAUUAAAUUCGAAAAGAGGAUUCGUGGACGAAAAUGAAACUUCAGAAGAAUAUCAAAAUGAAAAUUUGCAUCAAAAUUUCAUUCAGAACCAGCCUUCUCUUGCGAACAGCCACAACUUUAUCAACGCAGAUGCCACCCCUGAUCACAAAAUGUUUGAGAAUGGCCCUACUAAAGCAAAAAAUGAUCCACGCAAAAGGGAUCCAGAUUGCGAUCGGGCAGCUGAAAGACCAACGGAUUACGAGUCUGGUCAGCCGCAAAAGCUUAGUUUUGAAAACGAGUUGACAUUCAUACCAAAGUUGAACGCUCUAAGCCUGAAGAUAGCUCAGUCGAGAACUUCGAUUGCAAAUAGGAUCAAAGUAAGUUGCGAAAGCCGUGCUGCUGCCCUCGACAAAGAAAUGGCACAAAAUUUCACAUUUCGACCAAGCAUUAGUGAGAAUAGCUUAAAAAUAGCCGACAGACUUAAGACGGAUUUUUGGACUCGGCAAAAACUCCACACUGAGAGGCAGAAGAAAAUGUUGGAGGCCACCCCCACACCAUGGUAUCCUAAGACCAAGGUUGGUACCUUGCCAAAACAGACACCAAGUUUAACAGAGAAUGCAACAAAACCGAAUGCUAUCUCUGAAAAUGCAGAUCAGAAAAAAGACACAAACACAUGUUGGACAUCUGAGGGAAAGAAACAAAAGUCAGAAAAAAUUUGUCCUUACACCAAAUCAGUGGAUGCCCUCCUUCUAAAAGAGAAGAAGACUCGUUUUCAGGAUUCUCCACCACAAAAACUUGAAAGUUUGAAGCCAAGAGCACUGAAAAAGCUCGAGAAAGAAAGAAGGACGCAAUCUGAAAAAAUACAACGUGUUGUAUCUGAUGAUACAAAUAUGUCAGAAAGCAAAUCUGAACCAUCUUCGCCAAUGAAAUCUCAUCACAGGAUCCUUUCAAAAUCGGUUGAAAAUGAAAUGCAGGAACAGGCUGAGCAAGGUGAGAAGAAGACCAAGACAUCAAGGGGCGUUCAUAAGCGGUGCAAAACAAUGCCCCCAAACCAAGUACAUAAAAUACACAGGCCAAUAACAAUUGACCCAGACAGAUUUUUGAAAACAAAGUUUGCUGCAGAGCAGGCUCUUAGGAACAAAAAGGUGUUUAUGUGCAUGGGACCGUACCCAGUUUUACGAGCUUGUCUUCGAAGAAGAGGCUGGAUAGAAAAGUACUUCAAAGCUGAUAUUGUGUGCUCCACCGCAGCACAAAAACGUUCACCUGACACGUUAAGCCGGGAUUCAGACGAUGACGAUGAUGACGUAAUCGAUCCAGAUUCCCCUGUGGAAAAUGCAGGUUUACGGAAAGGAGGAUCACCUAAGUCACAAGAUACUGCACAAACUGGGAAAAACGAGUCUUCUACAGAGACACAGAGAUGGGGUUUCGGACGAGGUGACGGGACGUAUCAUCAGAGCAAGUCGAACCCCGAGAAGAACCAAGUUGAAACCAAGAGUACUUAUGCAUACGGGACAACGACGAUUGGGAAUUUCGAUGAUCUUGAUCAAGGGUUUGAAAGCGACAGCCAGUAUGGUAUAAUGUCUCGUAUAGCGCGAAAUUCAGUACCAGCCUUAAUAUGGACGUGCAGAAGAUCAGACAUUGAAUUCAACUAUUUGACUAAGGAUCAAAUUGUCAAUCAUUUUGUUCACGCAAGUUCGUUUACUACAAAGUUUGGUCUUUGCAUCAACAUACGCAAUCUUCCUUGGUUUGAGAACGUCGACCAUGAAUCGUUCUUUCCUCGGUGUCACCGAAUUUCAAGUGACAAUGAAAAGCAGGAUUUCAUUGAUGAUUUUCGAAUGCUAAGUGCAAUUGCGAUAAUAAAUCAUACAGUAAGACGACUCAAGGACAAAGGCGUAUCAUACACUCCGAACGGUAAUGACAAAAUAUUGACAACAAGAGCUUUGAUGCUAGCAAUGAAGGCGUGUCAGGAGUACCUCAAAUCUAAAGAGCACCUUGAUAUAGAGGAAGAUGGGCAGACAAAUAGCGAACAGCUGUUUGGGCUUUCAGACGAAACAUGGGAUCAGCUCAUUGAGUUUUUUUAUCAAGUAUCACGUUCCAACGGGGUCAUCAUUGGAGCUGAAUCUUACUUAAAUGAGUGUGAAGAGCUAUUAGAAAAGAUGAAGGAAGCAUACCCACAAGUAUUACUCAAUGACAAGAAUGUGUGGAUUGUGAAGCCUGGUGCCAAGUCACGUGGACGCGGCAUUAUGGUUAUGGAUAAUUUAGAAGAAAUCUUAAAGCUAUCAAGCAGCUCAGUUUUGAAAAAAGAAAACAAAUGGGUUGUUCAAAAAUACAUAGAGAAACCAAAGCUUAUUUAUAACACCAAAUUUGAUAUUCGGCAAUGGUUUUUGGUGACAGAUUGGAACCCUCUGACCCUGUGGUUUUACAAGGAUUGCUACCUGCGCUUUUGCAGUCAAGAAUUUACCCUCAAUAAAUUUGAUCCGGAAUACCAUCUUGCAAAUAACUCCAUUCAAAAAGAUUAUUCAAAUGGACGCAGAUCGAAAUUUCUACCAGAUGACAAUAUGUGGACAAAGGACCAAUACAUCCAAUAUUUGCGGGAGCACGGUUACGGUGACCUUUGGGAUGACGUCAUUUACCCUACAAUGAAGCAGUCCAUAAUCUACACGUUAGAAUCCUGUCAAGAUUCCUUGGAGUAUAGAAAAAAUUCUUUCGAGCUGUUUGGUGCUGAUUUUAUGCUAAGCGAAGACUUAAAGCCGUGGCUUAUUGAAAUUAACUGUAGUCCUGCGAUGGGUCCAAGUACGGCUAUCACCGAGAAACUCUGUGCUGAAGUUAUCGAAGACACGCUGAAAGUUGUUUUGGAUCGACGGGAAAACAAAUCUUGCGACACUGGCAAAUUCGAGCUAGCAUUCAAACAGCAAUACAUUCCGAUUCCUGUUUACACUGGAAGUAAUCUCACAGUGGAAGGAGAAGGGUGCAAGAAGCCCUCACAGCCGUCAACUUCUCCUCAACAUAGUGUCCCAAAAACAUUGCGCCUUACCAAAUUUAAGGAAGUCAAAGAAGCUAAAGAAGCUAAAGACUUGGUACCUAAAUCCGAGAAGACCACUUCGGCGGUUUUAUCCUCAGUUGUUAUAAAGUGUGGGGACAAAAUACCGCAGUCUAGUGCCCCAGCUUUAUCAAAUGAACAUUCAGCAUGUGACAAUAUAUUACAGAAAGAGAUAAAGAAACUAAUAUUAGGCGGCAAAGAACCUAGCAACUCUUGGGGUGGCUGUUUGUGCGGCAAAGGCGAGAAAUGCGCAGUGGUAUCCGGCUACCAUGUUACUAACGCCUCGCUUGACGUUAGCAUACCAGGUGUAUCUACUUCGGGUAAAGGGCAGCCUCAAACUGGUACAGAGGAUGGUCAGGUGCCUGCAAGACUUUCUAAACAGGCCCUAAAAUUAGCACAAAUGCACCGCAAGGCGAAGAAGAAAAAGACCUAUGCUACUCUGAAGUACCAUCGAUCUAACGAUGGGCCUGGGUUGUCUAUCAGUCCAGGCAAUGGUGUGACGCAAAUGUGACAACAUAAAUGCUUAGAAGCAUUAAUGCAUAUUCAUUUAACAUUGACUCGAUUCGUAGGAAUUGGCUUCUAUCAAAUGCUUAGCAAAUUUAAAGACCCUGAUAGUAAGUACUACAUGUUUCAAAGAUAUCCAACUUGACCAUCCAACUGUCUUUAGCUUAUCAUAGCGAACCCCACGUGCAUAUCAUAAAACUUGACUCUAUAGAAGAAAAAUCUAGCUGUUUCACCGACAAGUCAUCAUCUUUUAGUAUUUUGUAAAUAAACACCCAAUAUGAAUUUAAAAAAUAUUGUUUAAAAUUGUGGUAUUGUGUUUCCAGCAUAAUUAAUAUUUUAAUGUGUAAAAAUUUUUUAACCCUUGGUACGCUAAAUAUAAAGAGGUAUUUCUAAGAUUUAAAUUUUAAAAAUAAUAUUGAUAAUGUUUAUAUAAUAAAAUAGAGAUUUUCAUA